CGUGAUCGGAAUAAAUAACAUAAGAUGGUGGGGGAAGAACAAGAUGUUUAAUUUGCGCAGUUAUUAACGCGACAAUCCUUCAACUUUGUUGUCUUUGAAACAGGGUUAUGGAAUAGCAUUCUGUGUUUGGGAACAUGUCUGUGGAAAACACGUACUCUCCUCCGCCGGGUCUCGGCGAAGAGAUGGGACCGAUCAUCGGAGCAUUGAAAGAGGGUAGCGCCAUGACAAGAUACUACUCUAAAAGGCAAACACCGGAUUUGAGGAUUUUCAUGUUGAAGAUGGAAGAGUUUCAAGUUGUUUGGUGCAGAACUGGAAAAGAAGGAGGCAGACUGGAGGGCUCAGGUGAUGAUCGCGCUUAAACUGUCUGUCUAUUUCACUGUUUUGAUUCGCUGAGCAUUUCACGGCACUUCAAAACUGUUACUGCUCAGUUUUCAGUGUGAUCGUGUGUUCAUUCAUUCUGUUGUUGUUUGCAGUUUUUAUUCGAGAGAUUAAAGAAGUUCGAAGAGGGUUAGGGUCCAAAGACUUCGACAGAAAUCCCGAAUUAGCUCGUAGACUCGAUCCAAACUGUUGCCUCGCCAUCUUCUAUGGCAGUGAAUUCAAGCUGAAAACGUUAAGUUUAGUAGGUAAGGUUAUUUUUACAUUUUAGCAGAUCGUUUGCACACAGAAUCUUGAAUUUCAGAUUAGAUCCGCCUAUAUGCUGUAUCCUCUUUCCAAGUAAUGCCGUGUCUUUAAUUCUAGCGCCUAGCUUUAAAGAACGAGAAUACUGGGUUAGGGGACUCGUGUAUUUGAUGUACGAAAGUCUGAUAGCGACACAAGAAGUGCUCAUCCACAGGUAGGCUGUCUUUCCGUUCGAAAAUAACAUGACACUUUUUGUAAUGAUACCAAGGGUGACUAUCUAACAAAUGUGCAACGACAAGAAUUGAUUAAAAUUUAUGUGCAGUCUGUCCUGCUGAAAAUAUUUCACUUCCUAGGAGACACCUUUUAGUUAUGAAAAUUUAUCUUCGGGAGCUUUAUGUCAGAGUGUUUUUCAUUUGAGCAGGAUAUCGUUGUAGAACAAACAGUGUUUCGCUGCGGCGUUUUUGUUAUGUAAACUUGAAACCUUUUUGAGGAAUUUAGUGCGAGAGUUAGAAAGUGAUGGUAUUUUGUUCCUGUUUUCCAGAUGGUUGUUGAGAGAAUGGAAUGGUAUGGCUGCAUUGUCAUCUGCACCAAAAAGAUCGUAAGUCAGGCAGCUUCUUCCCUAAGCGUAAUAAUUGUGAUGUUAGACACAAUUCUAGAGCAAAGAGCAUUAGUAUCUAAUGGUGAUUUUUUGACAGCCUCUUGUGAGCACAUCAUGCAUAUAUUAAACUUUGAUCACUGCCCAUCUGGAGACUUCAUGACACUUUGUUUUUUUCCCUUUCUUUUCUAAACAAUAUGAGUGCGUUAUUUAUACCCAUUGGAGUAUCUUUUUUAAUUUAAAUGCUUGACCUACAUUGUAUUAGCCACCUCAAUUAGGAAUUAUUUUUUUCGCUACAAACAUAUCUGAGGGGUAUUAUGAUUUUAUGCUGAGUUUCUGACAAUUAAUCACGGGAAAAAUGUCCCUUCCAGAAAACAGCAUUGUUGACAUGUUAAUAGCACCCACUUAUCUUUUUCCAGUAGUAUAUUUAGUGAGCUUUCAGUUGUCAGGUUAAAUUCAUGUUUGCAUGCAAAUAGUUCAGAUUGUAGAAUGAAAUUACUAGUAUCAAGGAGGUAACCUUUUCAUGGCAAGCCAGAUUUUGAUUUUAUUGUUUGCUGCUAUUUGCCAGAUACCCUUAUUAAAACUCUUAUUUGUUGUGAAAAAUUAUGUUGACUAAUUUUAACCAAAUAUACUGUGUACAAAUGAAACUAAACUUAGAGUCAACAAGAACAUGGAUCUACAGCCUAUGAUAUUUCAAACAGACCUCUGUCUUAGGGUUCUCUCUGGGGUUGUUACUUUACAGAGGUCAAUAUUGACUUUAUAUUUCAACUUACACUUAAACACAUGGUAUUUGCACACAAUAAUAAGAUUAAUUUCUAAGUGAAGGAAUUGUUUUUAUUAAAAAACUAUGUGGAUCAGUUUCCUCCACACAACCUCUUUCCAGCUGUUUUCAGCGAAAUCCUAGGGAUCUUCUCCGUUUGUUUGUUUGUUGUUUUUUUUUGACUUAGAAAGAUACCACUUGAAGUACAUUGUAGUCAAUGUCUGUGGUGAACAAUGGUCAAUGGACCAUCCCUGUCAAAAAGUUUUUUUUACCUCAACAUCAGGAUAUUCUGUGAUGAGAUUUUACCUUGACUUCCUCUUUUUCAAGCACCAAAAAAAAAUCAGUAGAGUAAGUGGUACUGAAUUAUAUUAUAAAGAGGCUUAUUUUGGGGUGAGGUGUGAAUGGUCUUUGAUGCAGUGUUUGCACUACAAAUUCUAUCAUGUGGCUUUAUGUUGUAUAAUUUUACCUGUAUUUGUUUUAUAAAUCUCACAUUGGCAGCAUUAAUGAAACAGGAAAUCCAUCUGCAGUAUUGUAAGUUACUGAUUGCUCUUCUCCUUCUUCUCCUUCUUCUUCUGCUUCUUCUGCACAUUGAUUUGGUUAAAAAUUACCAGAGUAAAAGUAUUCCUGUCAGGCUAUUAAGUUUUCUUGUGCAAUGUAAAUAGCUGUUUCACUUUCAAUUUGUUACCAAGACAGUAGUUGACAAUUCAAAUUUUAAUUUAUUGAAAUUAUUAUGUAAUAGUAUUGAUUAAGAUACCUCAAAUAAAAAAAAUUUAAAAAACUUAAUCUAGUCCUAAAUGUUUCCAUUUUAUAGCUGGUAGUGUGUCUACUGGUAAAUACACAAGUGUUUACAACAGCAUCCUUUCCUUGCAUUGUGCUACUUGUUUCAUUCUUUUUUUCAUUUUCAAUGUUGAUUGUGGCUAUUUGAAAUGAAAUUUGUAAAUUUGGUUGACUCUAUGAUCCUGAUUUAAAAAUUUCUUCAAUUUUCAUGGUAUAAUGAUAAGUUUAUAAAGGUUUUUAUACUAAAUAAACUGUCAAUGCUGUAUCAUUAUACAUUAUCGAAUCAUAGUGACUAACUGAAAGAAGCAAUUGAGAAGUGUCUGAAAACAAAACUUCAAGAUAGCUCAUGAGUUAUUUUAAAGCAGGAAAUUAGGGAUGUUAUUCAAUUGACUUAUAACCCUUAACUUGUUUCCUUUGAAGAUUUCCACCAAGGUUGCUGAUAUAUGAGUGCAUUUUAAUAUAGCAAAUUGAAUGCUAUAUUAAAGUAACAAGCCUUUUGUAGUGUGUGAUUCAGUUUCUUUUCCAAGAGGAACUGUUCUCGUGGAAAAGUUGUGGUUACAAUCAUGUUGUGUGGGCAUCAGAGUAGUCAUAGUUAACAGUCUUACUGCUCUAUGAUUUUUUAAAGUUCAUCAGUAUCUUGCACAAGUUUUGUUACCCUAAUGGUAAAAGAGUGUCAGAUACAGACUUAGUCAAAUCAAUUGUUUUUUAUUCACAACUUAGAAGAUCUAUGGACAAGUGAGAUGAUCAAUUUGAAAUUUGUUCUGUGUACCAUGUUAGUUUGGUACAAUCAUGAAUUUUCCAUCUGUUUUCUUCUUUAUCUAUAUUUUUACAUCUCAUUAUGUUGCAAUUUUUUUCACAGAGAAAACUUCCUCCAGUGGUACUCUUGGUACUGUAAUGUGUCUUAUUUAAAAUUGAUUUAUUUAUAUAUUUAUCUUUUGGUGUGUGUUAAAAUAGCAGUUACAGUCCUCUUUGUUACAUCUAGAUAGAAUUAGAUGAUUUUGUUCAUGCCAUUCACUAGAAUCUUUUCUUUUAUAAUUCCAAUGUUAUCAUAAUUUACCCACUUUGUUGGACUAAUCACAAAUUGUUGUGUAUUUAUUAAGUUACCAUGGAGAUGUUGUCAUAUUACAUUAUUUGGGUUACUACAUCUUGCUAUAAAUAUUAUUAUAUUUAUCCAUAUCUUCUUGGUGUACUAUUUCAGCAAUUUGAUUGUUUGUUGACACAGAUGUAAUUUUUUACUGGGAAGAAUUGUUAUCACAUGUUGAUUUAAUUCCAUCACUGAAUUAGCUAUUAAUCUUCAAUCAAAUGUGUUUUUCACAUUUUCAUGAACUAUCAAUUUACAAAGUACAUCUUCACUUCUAUUCACAACCACAUACAGUAUAUAGAAAGUUACUGUAAGUAAAGUCAAAUUCAUGAAUGUUUUAGAGUUGUGAGUGUUUGUCUGUGUAAGGAACCACUCGUUACUUUGGUGGUACAUAAUGUUGUGUUUUUCUUGCUUUAUACUUAAAAGCUGAUAAAUUUACUUGUAUGUCAGAUUUAUUUUCAUUAUUUUGUAAUAUCAUUUUGAAACUUGCACAACAUUUUGCACUUGAUUAGCAAUUUCUCAGAUCUUCACAAAUUGCAUUAAAAUUUCGGUAUCUUUGAAAAAACAAGCAAACAAAUCUGUUCUAUGUAGUGUUUUUUGUAUGAAUGGUGCUUUUGCCAAAGAUUUUUUAAAUUACAAAUUAUUUGUGGGAGGCGAGUGCUCCAAGUCAGUUACAUGGUGGUUACAUCCACAAACUUUCUUAAAAACCAAUUAAUGUCAUUAAACUGUCUUGGUCAGAAAAUAUUGGGAAUUACUUUACCCUCUAGAGAUCUCAGCUAUAGUUUUUCUCAAUAUGGACCUUUAGCCCAUCAGUAAAAAUACUUAUUUAUAGUUUUAUGGAAGUUAGAAGAGUCACUUUUUAAUUCAACAUUGUUAUGCAUUUAUUUCUCAGUGGUCAAAGUUUCUAAAAUGUUACUUUAAUUAGAGUUUACAUGUAGUUUCCAUGAGAUAACAGGUUUCUAUUAGUUAAAAGGACUGACUGUUUUUAAUUAUUAUUUUAAUGUUUGACUUUAAUUUUAAUUUAUUAUAAUAUAUGUGUAAAUUGUGUUAGUUGUCCUUAGGAGUACUCACUGUCAUUAUAUAGUGACACAAAAAGUCUGUGUAAUAUGUUUAAUGGAAAAUUUUUGUCCAUAUUUGUUAUCUGGGAGAUGCAACUUAGUUUUCAACUGAUCAUCUCCUUGUAAGUUACAUCAACCACUUUAAAUUUGAAAAAUGAAUAUUGAAAGUUACAGGCUAUUCAAGUUGUUAAAUUUAAACCAUCCUUUGUUUUUGGGAUGGGUGUUUUGAAAUAAAGUGAAACGAAGGAAAGAUAUUCUGAACCAAUGGUUAGAUUAAGCACCAACAGAUAAGAGUCUUUGCAUUGGAAGUGUUUUUUUUUGUUUAUUUGAUAGCAAAAAAAUUAAGGCAAUGCAUUAAUUUGAACAAGUUGCUGCUGCAACUGUGAUCCUUUCACAUCAUAUUUAUAACCAACUACCAUCUCUUUGUUAUGGUACAUUUACUUUCUUAAUUUAAAAUUGUUAGUAAAACCAGUCUGAUUUUUAUUUCCCUUUGCUUGUAUUGUUCCUUGUCAUUAUCUAAAACAAACUAAAACUAGAAAAAAUAAACAACAACAACAACAAAAAAAGCAAAGUAUGUACAAUGUACUUUUGUCCAAUGUGAUGUCUUACCAUCUAUUCUGUUUCAAUGUGUAGGUCUUUAGAACACCCAGUGUCUAUUGGCAUGAAAGAGCUUAGAGCAUUUUUCCAGCGUGCUAACAUCAAACUGAGUAAUGCAAGACUUAAAGAGCUCAUUCAGGUAUAUGGCAUUUUUUAUUUUCAUUGCAAAUUGCAUGGGGAGAUUUGGCAAUUACUAAAUGCAAGUUUAGUUCACUGAAAUUUUAUGUUCUUGAAACUGUUAGCAUUGACAGGUCUAAUUUCCACCCCAAAUAACAGUAGCUAGAAUUAAAUUUGACUCAGUCAAUAAAUUUUGUUUCAAAUUUGCCAUUUUGUUUUUAUUGAAUUCAGAUUGCAGGAAGAGGGGAAGGGCACAUUGAUUUUGAGGGAUUUCGAAAAAUUUACAAUGAGAUAAUGACUGUUAAAGAGGUAAGUUUGAUAAUAUCUCAUCUCUUUGAUGAUCUUUUUUUCCUCUUUUUUUCUCUUAAAUUGUUCAGGAGUCCACAAAAACAUUUACAGGAAGUUUUUGAGAUUCUCUCAUUAUUGGUUUCAAAAGCCCACUGUUGUGUUGAAGACUGAUUGCAGAAACAGAUUUUAGUUUCUAUAGUUAUCCAUGUAAGUGUUGUUGAAAAGGUUUUGCAGUGUUUACUUACAUUGUAUUGAGUUGUUGGCUUGUUUUUCAGCUGACAAAAAGAUUUGGUGAUUAUAUAGAAAAUGGGUAGGUAUAGAAUAAUGGACAUUUUUAGUGUGGCUCAUGAGUUCAGUGUUUCUGACUUAACUCUUUCACUCCCAAGAUUGGGUUGUCUUAUCACACAUUUCCAAUUUUAGCUCAAGAAUUUGGUCUAAAAACAAAGAAAUUUCAGUUUUCAUGCCAUAGAAAUUGAUCCAAUAAAUAAAUGCUUUAUAUAUUUUGAAUUGUAGCGCUUAAGUAAAACUUUUUCUUAAAUUCAUUUGCUAUUCUAUCAGCAGUGUGUUCAGCUUUUAACUUUUAGUUAAUAACCUAAAGUCUCUCUCUUUUUAUGUUAGCAAACACAGUGGAACAGUCUCUUUCACAACUUAAAACACUGUUUAAUUUAACUAUUAAUCCUCAAACACAGGAAGUCUUUUAUUUGUAUCUCUUGCUUUAGUACCUAUGUACCUCUUGCAAAUUUUCAGAGAUUCCUUUUGGAGGAGCAGGAGGUAAGCCUAUGUGUAUUCAGGAUUUAUGUAAUACCUCAUCACUGUUACUUUGAUUUAAAGCAAUUUUUGGAAGAAUAAAUUUAUGGUUAUAACUGGGUUACCAUCUUUCAGGAGCCUGGAGCUAAGGAUUUAGAGACUGUCAGAAGUUAUAUGUUGGAAUAUUUAGCAGAUGGAAGUAGGAGCUAUUCUGAACCCUAUUUCACUGUGUCAGAGGUAGUGUAUUCAGAAAUAUCUAAGUAUGUGGUAGUAGUACUCCUUGUUGCAUCCAAAGACCUAUGUGGCCAAUUGAUCAUCUUAUCAAGGGAAUAAGUUCAUAGAUUGGUGAUGAACAAAUUAAGUAGAGUGAGGUCCCAAGUGACCACUUGGAAAAUUGAGGUCUAUGAAAAGUGUGAGGGCCCUUGUAACAACAGUCAAUACAUUAUCAAGUGAGCAGGUCAUGAGACAAGUUAGACAAACCCACAAUGUAUGAGCUAGAGAAUGUUAUCAUGAUAUAGCACCAUGUUCUCAUGAAAAACAAUCCACAAGGUACCUUACAUUUGUAAUCAUGGGAGGUGGAUGAUAUCAGAAUAAGUUCUUCAUGUGUUUUGUUUCUUUAGAAAACCUUUACACACAACAAAACUAAGAUGAAAAUGCAUGUACUGAAACUGAUGGGAAAUUUUAAUCGAAUUUCUUUGCAUAAAUUAAGAUGGUUAAUGUGAUGGGAUGGUAUUUUUCAUAGUUCUUAGAUUACUUAAUGUCAAAAGGGAACAGUGCAUUUAAUUCAUCACAUUGUGAAGUCUAUCAGGACAUGACGAAACCACUCACAAGCUACUGGAUUGCCUCAUCACACAACACGUAUGUUUUAUGUUCCACUCCUACUCAUGCUGUUUUAAGUUUUGCUUGUUGGUAGCAGCAGUUAAAGAUUUACCCCAAGCUCAUCACAGAAUAUGUAUGAUUAUAUACAAGUGGUCAUAUGAUGAUCAACUUGUACUCGUGGGCUUAACUAUAUUGUCAGCAAUAAAUGUUAAGUACUCAUCUGUAUUUAUAGCUAUCUGACUGGGGAUCAGUUUCAAGGUGAAGCAUCUGUUGAAGCUUACAUUCGUGCUCUGAGGAUGGGUUGCCGCUGCCUUGAAUGUAAGUUGUAUCAUGUUUCUCUUGAAUAGAAUUCAUAGUUUACCAUUAGUACAUGUUGAUCUAAAGAGAGCAGAUUUUUAAGACAAAUUUCUAAAACUCUUAAUAGUUCACAAGUUUGAACACAAGAACAAUAGCUGAGUUUAAUUAAUCAUCAUAAUUAAUCAGCUGUACUGCCAGUUAACUUUUUGUUUUUGUUGACAAAAAUGUUUACAUCACAAUUCAUGAACAAAGAAGCAUUCAAAAAUGAAAAACCUCAGCCAGUAGUUCUAGGUGUUGGCAUCCAUUUUUGUCAAAUUUGUACCCAAUGACUGAACUUUGUACAAAUCUCUAUAAUCUUAAAAAGCGCCACCAACAUCAAAUACAGAAACUUUAAUUUUUCUUUUUAUCAGCCAUUUGUAAAAAAUAUUAAUUUCCCAUUUGGUUUGACUUAGGAAUACUCCCUCGCAGCAACUUUGAUUGCCCAGUUUUUGGAGAACGAAAACAGCUUAGAGUAUUCUAUGCAAAAGUCUCCACCAUCUUCACUCCUACAUGACUUACAACAAACAACAACAAAUUUUCCAUGUUUUGAUAAUUUUUUAAAUACAUAAUCUCAUGGGAAAUUAGAGCACUGAAACAAUACCCCCAAUUACUAAAUAUUAAAAAAGUGUGAAUAGUUUUAGAAGCCAUAUCAAAAACUUGUGGGUUGUGUUUGACUGAGGUCUCCAGACACCUCAAAACAAUAAAAGCACAAGGUGGUAGGCCAAGUGCUUUCAUCUGUUUCUCGGUGUCUGGACACCCUAGUCAAACACUAGCACUUGUUUUUGAUAUAUUACCUAAAGAAUUUCAUUGCAGGCCAUUGGUAUGAAUUUUUCAUGUGAUUUGAUAUGUAUGAAAAGGGCUCUGUGUGAUAAUAGUAACUAACUAACUAAAGGUAAUUCCAGAGGGCCAUAGUAACACUCCAAGGUCUUGUAUGGUAAAACCAAUAACUGAGGUUGAGAACAUUGACAACUUGACACUGAUAUAAGCAGAGACUAAGCAGAUGCUUUCAAUGAGGUAAUAAGCCCCUUAAUAUAUACUUCUCAAUGAACAAAUAGAAAGGAAAUGUUGAAACACAAUGUAGGCAAGAGUGGGUUAAUUUCUCAGGUUUAGGAAUUGUUUCCUAAUUUACUGUUUGGUUUAUUUUCUAGUGGAUUGCUGGGAUGGACCAGAUGGACAGCCAAUUAUCACACAUGGCCACACCCUUGUCUCUAGAAUCAAGUUUGUGGAAGUUGUUCGAGCAAUCAAGGACAAUGCAUUUGUUGCUUCAGAGUGAGAAACAACCUUUUUUAUUUGAUAGAAACUGUAGCUUGAAAUAAACCAUGAUUUCAAUCACUUGCUCUCUAAGUUGUUCUUACUUUCCUAUUGUUAGGUGUGAUGAGCCAACAAAUGUGACUCACCAAGAUUUAAAUUCAUUUGCAUUUUCAGCUACCCUUUGAUUUUGUCUUUGGAGAACCACUGCAGCAUACCUCAACAGAAAGUCAUGGCACAGACAUUUAGAGACUUGUUUGGAGGUUUGUGGUCAGACUACUCAUAUUCUUAAUUAUGUUUAAUAAAUACACCUACCAAACAUCUGGAAUGGCUUAAAUGCAAACUCAAUAGGCAAAGAAGUGGUUUAAGGGCAAUUUGGACUAUAUAAGUGCAUUUAAAUUGUUUAAAGAGUGAGAAAAAUUUCACAAGCCCCUAAGGUGAGAGCAGUAAAUGAGUGUUCAUUACCAUUUGAAUUGAAGAGAUAACUCUUUGACUAGUAAUAGUUCUUGUGUGAUUAAUUAAGUUGUCAUUGUUUUGUGGAUUAUAGAUUGUCUUCUCACCCAACCAGUUGAUCCCCUUGAGAAGGAGAUGCCAUCCCCAGCUUCCCUCAAGCACAAGAUUAUCCUCAAGGCAAGAAAAAGAAACUUUUUUAUAAAACAAUAGAACUUUUAACAGUAUUUCUUGUAAUUCUAGAGCACAGGCACAGUUGUUGAUGCAAGAAGUCAAUUCAUAACAAAUGGGGAUAAUUUUGUUUAUUAGCCAAUCCUUAACACAUGCAAAAUUUAAUUAUUUGUCAGUUUUAAAAAAUCAUUUGAGAAUAUUGUGGUUAAAAACUACUCUUGGAUCCCACAUGUUGCAGCACAUAGGAAAUUGUUUCUAAUUAGACAAAUUUAGGGUAUUGUUUAUGUUUAUCUUCACAGUAAGAUGUAAUAGUUAUUUUGUUAUCAUGUUAGAGGGUGAUAGUUUUCAGCAAUAUUAACCAAACUGCUCGGGAAUUUUGCUAAGGAGAAAGGGAAAUAUGUAUGUUAAUUUUUCAUACACUCUUUUUGCAGCAAAAUUGUGCCUUACAAUUAUAUCGAUAUUUAAUAAUCAAUUUUUUUAUAGCAUAAAAAACUACCCAAGGAUCCCAACCAGGUUACAGAAACCAAUUUUGGUGAUACCAGUAAGUUACUCGGCAUGCUUAUUUAUUUGGUGUCAACUUUGGGUCAGUUUAACAUAUUGAACUUCAAAUCAACGUGAGCACAUAACUUUUCAAAAGUUGUUACUUACAAUGGUUCUCAGGAAACAUGAUUCUUAAUUAAAAGAAGCCUUGUGAAUUAUUCAAGUAUAACUACAGAUUUCACCUUGAGGCAUUCCAUACACUGUGCCUACACUGAAACUUCAUUCAGGAGAACCUAUUUUUAUUCAUCAAUAAAUUUCAGAAUGUUAAUUUGUGUUUUUUUUUUAACUUUGCAGUUUUGGAGGAUGAUCUGAGCCAGUCAGUAAAGAAUGGUUAUUUACUGUUAGAGGAUGAAAUUGAUCAUGUAAGUUCUUUGCACAACAAGCAUAGUAGAUCUUACAAAAUGAAAUACUGAACACCAAAUUUUUAUGGAAAGUCAUAGCAACUGGUUUUGGAUGUUAGAAAGUCAAAUGAUUUUUGUGAGUUCUAAAUAUCAACAGUUAAUUUUGAAUGAGUGGUGAUUUUUGUGUUACUGCAGUUAUGAAAAACAUAAGAGGAAGUCCCUAAAGACAUCACAGAAAGUUUUAUUGGUUUGAAAUAGAAAAAACCAUAAGAUUAGAUAGUUUAUCUUUUUGUUUUAUUGAUGGAUCUGUUGUUUAUUGGUUAUUUACAAGAUACAUUUUACUGUUAGGGUUGGAAACGCCAUUUUUUCUGCCUAACAAAGAAUAAGCUGUUCUGGACGGAAGAGCAAACCAAGUCAGAGGAUGAUGAUGAUGAUGAGGGAGCUGAUGGAAAUGGAGUUGGAGAAGUAAGUAAAUCCAAAUUUAUUUUGGUAUAUCUUUAUAUUAGGUUGUGUUUAUAGGCACGUACUUUUCUUUUUUACUUACAAAUAUAAUAGUAAUGCUAGGUGUGUGCCAUAUUGUUAAGUAAUCACUUGUAAGUCUAUCUGGCAGUCCCUAACAGUGUGACUCUUUUUCAUAGGAUUCCUCUGAAACUAGAGUUUUCACUCCCUCGACUCCUCUUAGAUCAAACCUUUAACCUCUCCAUUUUAUGUCUUAAUUAGUUAAGGAUUUAACACAGUUUAACUUGAUAUGAACUGUGAUGUCUGUUGGAAGCCAGCUACAUGUUUUUAUGCCAACACUUGAUUUGUUCACAGGCUAUCAUCUGGUACCAUCUAGUAAGUGUUUAGGGAUUGCAGAAAACAUUUGUUCACUUAAGUGUAUUCUGUAAGUCUUGAAGAAUGCAUGACACAAAUCAUUACAAACUGAUCUUUCUCUGAAUCCCACAGUUUAUUACCCUUUGUAUCACCAUCCAAAUGUCUGUUUUCAUAGGAAAAGAAAUACACCUGGCUUUUUUAUGCCUUGUUAAAAAUAAGUUUGAUACAAGAUCUAAAUAAUGUCUUCUAUGAUUUAUAUCAGGAAAAAGCAAUCCUUUUGUCAACAAUACUUUCAGUCAGUUAUAAUUAAUUUGGUUAUGAUUAUUUUGUUAAGAUAAUUCGUGUUCAUCAAAGUUCACUGAUCUCUUAUUUAUUUAGUUAUUGCAUAUAAUUUUAACAUAGUGUGAGGAAGACAAGUACAAAGUAAAUUGUUAAUACAAAAUUGUCAACCAGGUGAUAUUGCCUAGUUGAUAAAAAACUAAAUUCUCCACAAGAACUAACAAGCUGGGUUCAAUAAGUUGGGAAGAAGUCAACUUUAGAUCUUGGGAGUGACAUGGUCAAAGUUUGUGCUUGGUAACUUACUCAUGCAUGAACUCACAUGUAUACACCUUGUUUGUCAAAGUUAAUUCAGAUUAUCUUAAAUUAUUUAUCUUCUAGAGAUUAUAGUUUUUAGUAUCAAUGGAAUAAGACUAUUAAUUGUGAAUUAUUUAACUCAAAAUGCUUGUGAAAGUAACUGGUAACCUCUACUUAAGACACUUAGUAUACGUUAUUCUAUGCAGUGGGCAUAGAUAGUCUAAAUCCAUGUCCUAAUCAGAGUUCUUGUUACUGUAAGGUCAUGGUGACCAUAUUUACUGGAACUGGUGUUUUUCCUUAUGGAUAGAAAUAUUAAAAAGAAGCACUGAUACAUCAAAUUUCAACUAUGGAAGGUUUCUAGUUUCCAUUUCUAUUUCCCCACCUUCAGUCUCAACAUCAUCAUCUUUGGAGUAAAUGUGAUGCUAAGAUAUCUAGCGACCAUGAUAUUGCAUCAUACAUAUCAGGGUUCUGAUUUGGGCUUUAGUAGCUUUUUAUUUAUUUAGUUUUUAGGUCCAUGUGUUUUUAGGAAUAAUUAAUUUUUGUCUGAUAUUCAUCUAAAUGCUGUAAUUUUUUUUAAAAAAGUGAAGAAUAGAAGACAAUACUGUAAUCCAGAGGGGGUAUACAUGUGUAAUUGUUGGUUUAACUAAGCAUGCUAUUGGGUGAAUUUUACUGCAGGAAAAUAGAUUUCUCUUUGCUUGUUAAAUAUGAUGUUUAACAGAUGUGUUUUGAAAGUAACUUUGAUCGGUGAGUAAACUUGUGAAUGGAUGACAUUAUGAACAUUUCACUCUUCACCCCAUAUAUAGUAAUUUGUAUUAGAAAGUUGUUUUAGAGAUUGUGGAAAAUUCAUUCAAACUAUUCAACCUAUUGGUGAAUUGUCAGUUAUUGGUGAAUUGUCAGUUGGUGAAUUGUCAGUUGGUAAUUCUAAGGUUGUCCCAGUAAGUACUGCAUAGAAUCUUGGGGAUUAGCUUGAUGCACACUCAAAACUGGACACUUACAUAACCAAAACAUAUAAUGCAGCAUAUCAUCACCUGCAUUACAUUUGAAGGAAUCUGAAAGUACAUCACAUACGACUGUACACAAACCUUGGUUCAUGUGGUAGUAAUUGUAUGAUUGGCUACCACAACAGCUUUCUGUCUGGUCUCCCUUACAUUAAAAUCAACAAAUUACAGAAAGUACAGAAUGCAGCUGCUAGACCUAUUACAAACUCUUUGCGUUAUUGUCACAUCACGCCAGUAUUACAAGAGUUACAUUGGCUACCCGCUAGAUUCAGGAUAAACUUCAAAAUAUGGUUAAUGAAAUUCAAGGCCAUUCAUGGACUGGCUUCAGUGAGGAAGAAAUCCCCAUACCACUUGAGGCCAAAUGAGGAGUUGUUGUUAGUUCAACCUUCCCCCUAAAGUCAAAGAAGAGGUCAGCAGACAGAGCCUUUUACGUGGCCACCCCACAUAAUGGAAUGGAUAACCAUAGAAUAUCAGACAUGAAACUAAUGUCAUACAAUCCAAGAAAGAAGUUAAGACUUUAUAAUUUAGCAAAGCAUAUAUUAAGUAACUAAGUUUUUCAAAAUGUUUCAUUAAAGAGCACGUUUUUUAACUGUCUCUGCGCAUGUGCCGCAUGCACACCGCAGGUUAAUAGGAUUGCGGUCUAAACUACUAGUCACCAGAUUCCACAAUUUAGAUGUAGUUUCUAAAGAUUGCUGAAAUAUAUCAUAAAUCGAUCUAGAAUUUUGGCAUUUUACUUAAUAUCAUAUCAAUAAUUUUAUAAUCAAUAUUUGCUUUUUAAAGUAUUUUAUAUUAGAUUAGAUUAUUUGAGAUAGUAAUUUUAAUGAUGGCGAGAUCUGCAGAUACAAAUUUGUUUAAAUUUUUAAUUGUUAGGUUUACUUAUUUUAUUUCAGUUAUUUUCAAGCACAUUAGAUCAUAUCCUUAUGUAUAUUGGGCUAUAUAAGUAAUUGUUAUGAGGCAAAAGUUUACUAAAAUAAGUAAAGAAAAUGUAAACAAUGUUAAAAAGAAAAAACUUUGGUCAAAUCACAUGCAAUUGUGUUCUAAAAACGUGUUAUUUGUUUGUUGUAGUCAUCUAAAGAUGAACUUCACUUUGGUGAAAGGUUAGUACAUAGGUCUAAACAAUGGUCUCCCCAAAUAUUAUCAAGUGAAAGCUGAAAUUCUUUGACCGAAAAUGGAAUUGCCAUAAAAUCUUGAGUGCAUUCACUUUGCAAGUAGUUUUUGUCCUCAUGUGAGUAAGAGUUUCAGUAAAUAUCAAAAUGAAAAUCCGACCAGUAAGUUUGUUGCUACAAUUUUCUCAAAAAAUUUCUCAGUGAGCAGUUUGGGGAAUUAUAGUCUAGAAUUUCUGAAGCUCUUCCACUUUGACAGUUCAACAAAAUACAAAGGCAUAAUAUGGAGCAACCAGUUAAUUAAACUGAAUAUACCUGAAAAGUUUGGUGAUGUUAAAAAAAUUGAAUCUUUUGCAUUCAAAGUGAUCUCUUUGUUUCCUCCAAACCAAGGGCCCUUACAAAUUAAAAUCUAGGAAUUUGCCCAGUGUGGUAAAUAUACAAUAGAUUUCUGACCAAUCAGAGUACAUGUUGUGUCUAAGUUAUAUUAUGAUAAGUGAUAUGUGAUUAAAAAAAUUGCAAGAUUAUUUAACAUGAAUUUCAUUAUCAUUGUUUACAUUACAUUUUAAGGUUCAGCUCUUGUCUGUUAGCUAGGUAUGAAUAAAUUUGGGGAAUGUUACUCAAGGAUUUGAUCUGUUUGCAAUUUUUAGAUGGUUUCAUGGAAAGCUUCCAGAUGGACGCAAAGCAGCAGAAAACCUUUUGAAACAGUUUAAUCGUGGAGAUGGAUCUUUCCUUGUGCGGGAGAGUACAACCUUUGUUGGAGACUUUUCACUAUCUUUCUGGUGUGUAGAAGUUUUACUUUGAAUUGCAUUGUGUCUUCUAAGAAAAACGUGUUGUGUGGUUCACAAACAAUAUAUUAUCACAUCAGAAAAUUACAACAGCGUACAGUAAUCAUUGGCCAUAAUACCUUGGAAAUACUCAUAUGGGGUUUUUCUAACACUUUAGGCGUAAAGGGAAAGUCCAGCACUGUCGAAUCAAAUCUAAGCAAGAGAAUGGACAAACAAAGUACUACCUUGUUGAUCAAGUGACAUUUGACAGUUUAUACAGCCUCAUCAACUUUUACCAGACUCAUCCACUAAAAAGUAUGAACUUUGAACUCACGCUGACAGAUGCCAUUCCACAGGUGAAUUACUAGACUUGUUCCAUGACAGACUAAAAGCACUGGCCUUAAAAUCAUCUGCAUCUUACCAAUUUUGAACUAAGGAAGCCAUUCAUUUAUUUUCCUUUGUAUAUUAUUCAUUGUGUUUGAAAAUACAUUGCUCUCUUCAUUGUGUGAUCCUGGAUACAAGAUAAUUCACCAAAGUACAUGAACAUAAUGAGAGCAAAAUAUAUAGUUAAUAAGAUCAGCUUUACUGUUACUGUUUUAUUUUUGUUUUCCUCUUUUUUGUUCACUAGUUUUUAACCUUCUGUCAUCAUCAUCAUCAUCAUCUUCAUUAAUAACUGGUAUCCUUAUCAUUGUGUUGUCUGGUGUCUGUUGACACCAUCAUCUUGAUAUUAAGUGUAAAAAAACAGAAAGGUCCAUUAAGAUGUUCUUAUUUUAUUUUUUGAUGUUGUUUUAUUCUUCCUUUCUGUAUGUCCAAAAUCCUUGCGGUAACAGCCAAAUGCACAUCUUGAAAAAGAGUGAGUACACAAAAGAUUGUUUUUUGAAUCAUUCCUAAAAAACAAAUGUUAACAUAUGGAUCUUAACGUAAGACCACUAUGAACUGUAGUUUUAUGAAAAUUCCAUGAAUUUCACAUGAAAAACCCAUGAAGAUCAUUUCAUGGCCCAUGAAUACUGUAAAAUGAAAUUUCAUGGGGUUAUUUUUAGCCCUGAAUUUUCCAUGAAUUUGGGGAAUUUUUUUCAUGACCCAUGAAUUUCUUCAAAGUCUAUUUUCAUGACCCAUUGAUUUGCCAUGAAAGUCACCAGAAUUAAUUUCAUGACCCAUGAAUUUCUUUAUAAGCCUACUUUCAUGACCCAUGAAUUUCUUCAAAGUCUACUUUCAUGACCCAUUAGUUUCCCCAGAAAGUCAUCAGAAUGAAUUUCAUGCCCAUGAAUUGCAAUCAAACAGCAUUUCAUGGGCUAACAAUUCAUUUGUUUUGGGAGAACAAAAUUAAUGGGCCAUGAAUAUUCCCUGAAAUCUGUUGCCCAUGAAUUUCAUUGAUGAAUCCAUAGGCCAUUAAAAGUGGUAUUAAUUAGUUCAUCACAGUCACUGAUUUAUCAACGAGCUGACUUUCAUGACCCGUGGAACUGACUUGUUAUAAAUUUAUUCAGUGAUGGAAUUUUGGUGUACAGCACGAAAACUGUCAAAUGAAAAUGUCCCUAAACAUCUUAAGUGACCUGUGGUAACGUAGAAUGUACAGGAAAUCACAAAAUAAUGACUUAAAACAAUGGAUCUUCAAUUUGCUCCUUUGUUGAGACAAAUGGGGCUGGAGGCAAUGACCCUCACUUUGAUUUUUUUGGGGCCUUUUUGCCUUCACCAUGCCUGGACGACUUUGUUGAAUUUUUUCUGGCUCACUGCUGGCUUUGAUUGUUAACCAUGACUCUGGAAACCUGUUCAAGGCCUUCUCUUACAUUCUUACGGCUGAGGAAUCUUCUAGGGGUUUUCCAGUAAGGCACCUGCACAGUACGGAUGCUUAAGUUGCACAGCAAUAGUACGCAUUGCAUCUACACGAAAUGUGGAACAAAACAAUGGAAAAUCAAUCACUUUCUCACCUCAGUUUGGAACUUUGAAUAGUAUGCAAAUGUGACCUGAAAAAAAUGCCAUUUUUACCUCGUUCAUAGAGUCACUGGUUAACAGAGUCAGGCCAUCUUCUCAGUCGGGAUAAAACGUUACCUUCAUGUAUUCAUUGACAUUGCCUUCUACAACAUCGUUGUUGAUUUCGUGAUCGCUUUCACAGGAAUCACUGUCAAUGUCAGCUCUGACUUUCUUGGACUCUGAUGUCCUGUCGAUUGCUACUUGCUUCGAAUUCCAAAAACCGAACAGCUUUUUGUGCUGCUUUAUUUCUCUUCGGAGUCAUUUCGCAACUUCGAACACGAUAACCUGUGAGGUCACCAUGUGACCGCUGACCUAUGAUGGCUGCGAUGACCUAAGGUCACCACGUGAAAGCACAUGUGAUUUACGAAGAAGUGGCGGGUUUUUUCGUACCUCGAACGGAAUGGUUCCCUUCCAAUUGCAUUUCUCGUAGUGUUUGUGUAGCAGUCUCUUUUUUUCCAGAUCAACACAAUGGACUGUCUGAAAAGUUUUUUCAAAGAGGUUUCCUCAAGAUUAAGUUAUCGAUAUGCAUUACAACGUGAAGGGGUAAGUUCAAGCUUGGUCAUCUUAUUAUUCGUAAACAUCGGAGCGCGUGCGCUAACUAUUGAUUUAACUUGAAAAUUUUUAUUCUGUGAUCAUCUGGCGAAAAAUUACAAGAGUUUGUAUGGAAAUACUUACGACCGUUCUUAGGAAUAAAAAAUACAGUCAAAUUCUGAAUACGAAAUACCUCACCUCACUUCCACAGUGCGUCGCUUAGUAUCUGGCGGCUUCAUGUUGAAAAGAACCUGUUUUGGCGAGUUAUUCAUUUCUAGGUUUACUACGUACAUAAGAAAGGCUCUUAGAUAACUGAUGAUGUGCUCCCUUUAUUUUGCAAACAGUGAAAGUGUUGGUCUGCAAAACCGAUGAAAGGAAAUGCAAACUUGCUAAAGAAGCCUAUCUUGGUCCAAAUGAUGAUGAAGAUGCAAAUAGAAAUGUUAACCAAAAGAAGGAUGGCACAUUCAGGUGGCCAAAACACAGAGACACUGACAUAGUCAGCCAUAGAUAUAUUUUCACACAUGCAAGAGUGCAGAAAGUUGGUAAUUGUUUUGUUGUUAGUUACCUUGAGAGUAUUGAUCACAAGUGUAAAACAUAUCAAGAAAUUUGCAUGAAUGCUGUUACAUAAAUAGACAUUAUAAUAACUGUCCAUAAUAACUGUCCAUAACAUUUUACACAUGAUAUUAGACGAAGGAAAUGAUAUUUGAAGUUUUGACAAAAAUACAUUAAAACAGUGAGUAUAUUUUCAAUAAUUUUGUCCAAAUAUUUUUCACAACACAUUUAUUUAUAAUAUACCUUCAAAAUAGUUUAAAUAUACAGAAAUAUUUUUAAUGUACAGCCACAAUUAUUUAAAUCAGAGUAAAUAGAUAUGAAGAAAUAAUAUAGGAGCAAAAUCUGCCUCCACAAGGAAAAUCAGUGAUAUCAAAAUAGAGUAAUAAUAGAGUAGUAAUAAAUCAUUAACAUCUUAAUUUUAUUGCAGAAAAUUUCAUACCAACUUUUUUGAUUUAAGAAAGUGUAAACUGAAUAACACAAUUUUGGAAUCCUAAAGUAAUAUUUAUGUACAGCUGGUGAAACAAAAUAAACUAUCAGAGAAUCCAGACUUCUGGUCAUGUCUUUCAUGUGUGUGUGCUUGUACAACAGGACUAAGAAGUUUCACAGAGAGGUUAGUUCUUCAGUGUAUAAUUUAAGUGAUAGCGAAUGUAUUACAGUUAUGGUAUACUGCAAGCUAUACACUGUAGUACAGUCUUUGGUACAAGAAAAGUGAAGACUUUUUAAUUCCAAAUUCAUAGGGUUUCCAAAGAAUUUUCAUGGUGCUUGCAUAUUCCUAACAACCCCAUGAAAACUAACUGGCAAUUAACUUUCAUGUGCCAUGAAAAAACCAUGGAGAGGCCAUGAAAAUUCAAGGAAAAAUUUCAUGGUCAAUGAAUUUUUUACAUAUUCACAGGAUAUUCAUGGGUCAUGAUUUGCUGCAACCCAUUAAAAACUAGUGAACUUUGACACCAUGGAAUUUUUGGGCAUGAAAUUCAUGGGUUUCUCAGUACCUUUGAAAAGGCCAUGAAAUGCCAUUUUCAUGGGUAUUUCAUGGCUUCUAGGUCACUUUACUCAAUAUUUCAUGGGUCAUGAAUAUGAAAAUUUUCACAGGUUUUUCAUGGGAUUUUUCAUGGCUCUGAGACCAUGAAAAUGUCAUUGAUUUAACCAUGAAAAUCCUGUGAAAAAUCUGUGAAUUUACAAUGAGUUAUUUCACAAGAUUUUCAUGGGUUUUGAGUUCAUAGUGGUACAUCAGUGCCAAAAGAGUGGUCAAGUAUUUGUCGUAGCUACAUCUAUUGGCUCAUUAAUAACUGAUUUACUUCUUGUUGUAGUUGGUACCAUGACAAUCUUAAAAGGGACAAGGCAGAAGACAUGCUGAAGAGGGUCAGAAGAAACGGAGCCUUCCUUGUUAGGAAGAAAGAGUCUGACAACCCAGCAGCUGAGCAAGAGCAAGCAGAAAACAAUCCAGAGUCACAGAAUGAUGAAUCUUCAUUUGCCAUAUCAUUUAGGUGAGCUUUGAGGUUUGUCUGUUUUACUCCUUCAACCAUAAAUGGGACUGUUGAGUUGGAAGCUUUUCACUGCAUCCAAUGGCUCCUCUACAGUCACAGUGACCAGUUAAACGUCUCAAAAAUUUCUUUGCAGUGAACAAUAUGGCUUGCCACUUAAAAUUUAGUAAAGAAGUUUAUAUCAAUUCCUCCAUUAAGGCUUCAAUGUCAGCUGCUUUUUGUAACACUUUAAGUAGUUGAAACAAAUGUCAGCCACAAUAACCAUUUGAUUUAUUUUUCUUCCAUAAAUUGUUAAUAAAAGCCUUCUAAGAAAUAUUCUGGUUUCAACUUAAUUUAAUGAAACUUUUGAUAAUGUUUAUUUUCAGGGCUGAAGGCAAGAUUAAGCACUGCAGAAUAAAACGUGAAGGACGCUUGUAUACAAUAGGAACUGCUCAGUUUGAAAGUUUGGUAGAAUUGGUUGAGUUCUACAUGAAGCACCCUCUGUACAAGGGCAUGAAGCUCAAAUACCAAAUCAAUGAAGAUGUAAGAAACUUACCUUUUCCGUAAUGUCAGAAAUCAGAUAAAUUACUGCUGUAGAGAAAUUGGAACACUCUUCUCUGUAAAAUCAUAAAAAAUGAUGGAAACUGGGUAAAGAAGUUUUUUCUUCCCAUUACACAAAUUCACAUACAGAGGAUUGUCUUUAUUUGUCUUAAUCCUGUUUUUUUCGCAUACAUGCUGAGAAAAUAUUGCUUUGAAUUCUUACAUUUGUCACUUUUUUUAUCCUACUAUUUGUUUUGUGUUAAUGAUUUUUAAGCUUUACUUUCACAGCGUGAGUGCAACUCUAAUGAUCUUGAAGGUUGUGAAUAUGUUAUGUAUGGUUUAUGAUCAUUCUUCACCUAAAAAUGCUGACUUAAUUUUGUGUUAUCUGUAGGUAUUGUCUAAAGUAGGUCAGGUAUGUACAGUUUGGGUUAUUCCUUUUCUCAGUUAUAGGUUACUAUUAAUAUGUUUACUUAAUGACAAACUACUGUAACAUUGCUGUAAUGCUUCUUUUUCUUUCUUUGGUAUUUGGUAUUUCUAAUUUGCCUUUUUAAAUGUGAUUUAAACCUAAAGCAAAUUAUAGAAAAACUUGCCAGCUACCCUCUCAGACACUGUUUUUGGGACACUUGCUGCCUCCACUGCCCCUCCUAGUAUUAGUCUUUGAGAACUCAUGGACCCACUGUCAAUAAUUGACAUUGGAAGAGGGAGAGGUGCAACAGAACACAGGUGGUGUUCUAAGGAAGUUCCCAACUAGUCAUCUCAAGAAGGGUACUUUUUUGUCACUGAAGAUUUGAUCAUUCAAGUUUUCAACUUGUGCAGUUCUUCAUAAAUAAACAAGACCCACAACUUGAACACUACUGUAAAUUAUUCAGUAAAACCUAGCAGGGCCUUGUAGAUGAAUCAGGCCUAUCCCAUGAAAACAGCUGCUAAACUUAUAGCCCAGACCAUAUUAUGUGUAUGACUGCUAACAGUAUAAGUUGCUUAUUAUAUAAAACACUUCUGUUAGUCUCCAGAUGAAGAUGCAAUUUAUGGGACUGGAGAUCAUUACCAUGAACCCAACCAGUUUAUCACAAAGGUAAAGUCAUUUUUUCCAUCAACCUGUGUCCCCUCAAGAAAAAGUUUGGAGCUAUUUGGUUAGAAUACUGUGUAAACAACAGUUAUUGGUGCUAAAUUAUUGUCUGAUCUGUGAAAUCUUGUGCAGUGCUGUCUGAUAUUUAGAUUCAGUGGCCUCAGCCUGAUUCAGGCUUACAUUUAGAAAACAUAUAUAGCAAUUUUAAAAUCUUCUUCAGAUUUACAAAUGAGAUUUAUAUAAAGAAUGCACAUCAGAAACAAGUGUAAAUUAUCUUUUGAACAUUUUCACAGUUAUUGUACAGCUUCAGUUUCACAUGUUCUUGCAAAGUCAAGAGAAAGAUUCUUCUCUCUGACAAUGUCACAGUGGCUCUUGUGUUUGUGUUUUCUCAGUGACACUCCAACAUUUAAGGGUAUUCUUGUUUCCUCUUGACUUUUUCCAGGCUGCAUGCAGGGCACUGUGGGAUUAUGAAGCUCAGAAUCCAGACGAGAUGUCAUUUUGCAGGGGAGCAUUUAUCACUAAUGUCAGCAAGGAGGAUGGGGGAUGGUAUGUUUUUCUUUCAAUUUCCUUUUUAGUUGUAUUCUGUAAAAGAAGACAUUGUUUAAGAGUAAAGAGCAAUAAUAUAUUAGAAAGCAAUGCUGUUCACAAAUGAAUGCAUUUAGUGCUUAGGAGUCACCAUAGUGAAACAGCACAGUGUAAGAAUAGUUGAACUUUUGAGAUCAAUGUCAGUAUCUGAGCAACUGCACAGCUACCCCUCCCUCACCCAACAUCAACCUCAACUUGUCUUUAGUUGACUGAUGUCAGCUUAGGGGAGCCGCAGGUGCACAGUUGCUCAGAUGCUGACAUUUAUCCAACAUUUGUUGGUGACCAACAACUGGAUUGUGAUCUUUUGAAAUUUGUUGUGGAACAGUGGACAUCACUUUAAUGCUCUGGGGUUCUGAAGUCUAUUGGGUAUUGCUAUGAGUUAAAAGGAAAGUAAUGGAAAAGAAAAGGAUUUAUGAAUGAAUAGAAUGCUUAAAAAAAUCAUCCACUUCAUUGCUUUUUUAAUUAAAAGGUGGAUUGGUGAUUAUGGAGGACAGAAACAGAAGUUUUUCCCAGCUAACUAUUGUGAAGAGAUUAACUACGUUGCAGAAGAUGAACAGAACAUUAAUCCCCAAAAUGACAAUACUGAGGUGAGGAAGAGGCUAAAUUGUUUUAAUAUAUAUCUUCCUUCUUACAUUUAGAACAGAACGUGAGGGGAAAUUUAAGACUCAACACAAUAGACCUCUUUAGCUUGACUGUCUAUUUUGCUAACCCAUUUCUGGUCAGAUGUUGAUGCUCCAGAGAACUGCUUCUUUCAAAUUUCUCUUAUUGACAUAUGUACAAAUAAUUUACAAAGAUGUAGCUGGGAAUUCCCUGGAGACCAGGAAUGGGUAAACAAAAAAAUGCAAGCUAAAGACUGAGGUCUAUUGGUUAUAUGUACACAUUAUAACUUUGCCCUCUUAGAUUGUUAUUUUUGAUCAAUUGAACUGGGAUUUAUCUGAAAUGUUCUUCAGAUAUAUGAAGAAAUUUGGGUUACUCUUUAUGGUUUGAUUCUGUUAUUUGGUUUUUAAUGCAGUGUUCUCCCUUAUUUUAAGCAUGAUAGGUAAAAUAAAUUUUCAAACCUGUAAAUCAAUCCUUUUACCUGUUGAAUUUUCAAGAAUUCCAAGCAAUUUUAAACAGUAAUAAGAGGUACUACAGUUGGUUAAUGUUACCAGUUACUGCCUGAAAAGGAGAACAUUUUAAUGCAAGUGUAAUUAAAAAAUGGACUUUUUGCACUAUCACCAAAUGAAUAUAUUGUGUCCUGUUAUUUAACCUGUAGAAUCAUGAAAUGUCGCCCCUGGGGGAUCUCCAGAAAGGAAGUAUAGACCUCCAGGGAUGUACUGUUGGUAUGUUUCAGUGAUAAAUGUUGAUAAUGAAACUUGCUUCUUCUCUGGUAAUGGUGGAGAGUGGCCUCAUGUCUUGUUGAAAGUUAGUGAUGUAACAAACAUUUUAUCUCACUGAUAUUCACAUUUUUCUGCAAAGUCUUUAUAACAGUGCUGGCAGUUUUUUUGUUUGUUUUCAUUUUGUUUUCUUGUUGUGGUUUUUUUUUGUCUUUCUUUCUGUAAAAAAUUAUUUGGUGGUUUGUUUCUAUUUAUGCUGUUUCUAAUUUUAAUUAUUUUUCUAUUUAUUGUUUCUGGUUAAAUUCUGUUAAAUUAACUGUUACUUUACCUGUGUUGGCUGUUUUUAUGUGUUACAAGUUCUACAUGUUUUUAUUUGAAGCAAGAAUUAAGGUUGUUUUGAAAAAUUGUGCUGCAUUAGGUACUGUGUCUAAAUUACACAUUUUGGUGCCUCUGUGAUAAUAGUCAUCAUCUCUUUCAAAUUAAUCAGGAAAGAUUGUUUGUCAUAAGCAAGCUACUCUACGAACUGUUUUGUGUUAUUCCUUUUCUGUUCUAAAUAUUGUUAUGCCACUCGUGAGUUAUAUUGUUGUUAUUUUGUUUUUUUCAGAAAAUAUAGCAGGUAAACCAGGACAGAGGCAUGUAUUUCAAAUUGCCAAACGUGAUGGUCAAAUUUUACUCGAACCUGCAGCAGAAUCCCAAGAGGUUUGUGACUUAAUUCUUUUCAAGUUUCAUUAACUUGUCUUCAGAUGGAGUUUUAGCAAACAUCUUUUUGUUACACAGGAUUUAGGUGAUUGGUUACAAGCACUUCAACAGAUGGCAGAUAAAAGAGAAGCAAUGGUUCAAAGAAUGGUGCGUCAGUCAAAUCUAAGUCAAGAGCUGUCUGACUUGGUAGUGUACUGUCAGUCAGUACCAUUUGACAUUGGAAGUAAGUUGUUUUCAUCAGUGUUGUUUUGUUGCUCUUCAUAGUGACAUGUGCACUACUUGCCAAGCUUGCUCAUCCAAAACUCCUCAACUUUGCCUUGACUGAUUGCUCAACAUUACUGUCAAACACUGACAACUUGCAGUAACAGUGCUUUUUUGGAAUACAACCAGUAUGUUACAUUCUCUAUUGCUUUUCCUAUGUAUGGGUUAAUUUUUUUAUCCUGUACAGAUGUAUCUGGCAAACACUAUGAGAUGUCAUCAUUCCCUGAAACAAGACUGGAUAGAUUUUUUGGCAAGAGGUUGAGCAAACAAUUUAUCAAGUAUCCUUUCCUGUUUGUAAAACAUUACUUAAAUCCAUUUAUUUAAAUAGAUUAAUUAUUAUUGUCAAUAAAUACUAACAUUGGGAACAUUCCAACAUGUCAUCAAACAAUUCAGUUAUCUGAAGCAUGUGCAUGUACAUGAUAUGGAAUAAAAUUGCAGUUCUAAAUUGGAACUCAACUCCUAAAUUUUCCAGACAAAGAAACAUGUUAUAAGAAGAUUGUUAUAAUUGCCCUCAAUUAUAAGGAGCAAACAAAGGCAUUGCCUUAACAGCAGUGAAGAUAUCACAGAAAACAGUUCAGUAGAGUUUAUCCCAGAGGGAGCAGAAUUGAUUCUUCUAACUAUGACCCAGUGAUGAUGUGGAACCAUGGGGUACAGCUGUGUGCUCUCAAUUAUCAAACACCAGGUAAGAAAUGAGAUAUGGACAUAAAAAUUGGCUCUAACUCUACUAAAAAAGUGAAAAAUUUUGUACUGUCUAGUCCAUGUUCAAUAAUAUUUAGGUAAGAAAACUGGAUGCCAGGUGCUUACCAAAACAAAUAACGUUGUGGGAAAGAGACUGCUGUAUGAAGUAUUUGCAAGCACAGGGAAAGUUUGAUAGAGCCUCUUCUUAUGAGGGAAGUAUGGCCAUGUACAAGGGCUCUCAUCAAUUUUGGUGUCCAUGUGUACUCAGGGGAGAAGUCCACUGGGAGAAGUUGGUUUAACAUCAAAUAUGGCAGGAACAAUUUCAGACUUGGGCUAAUGUGUACUUAGAGCAGGUUUUGGUUGAUGUGGGGUCUGUUAAAUAUAGGUUGCUAUGCAUUGGUUUGAUGUAUUAGUAGGCUUAAGGAUACUUGAGAGAUUUUGUGGCAGCUGAACAGCAGUAUUUAUCCUUUACCUCAAUUUUUAGAUCGAGCUAUGCAGUUGAACCAUGGUAAAUUUUUGGACAAUGGAAGGUAACAUCUUGAUUUCUGGAAGUUUUAGUGUAAAAAGUGUGGUAAUGGCUUAACAGUAACCAUGCUGGAAUCUGUAUUUAAAUGUUGCAGUAUCAGAUCAUGCCAGACUUAUUGUUUGGUUCUUGGGUAGGACACUUUGAUUGUAAUGUCAGUAUAUUGUCAUGAAAAGCUAACAAACUGUGGGAAAGGGGGUUAACAGUGUUCCCUGUAGUAAGAACUACCUUGUGGCUUUGUCACCAGAUCCUUGUUUUUAAGUGGUGGUUGUUUAAACAAGAAAAAACAUUGAAAGACCUAUCUUGAACUGAAAUAAAUUUAAAGAUUGAUGUAAACUGGAAGGAAACAGUGCAUAAAAGCUUAUGUCCCCUUGGUACCCACCUGUUUACUGGCUACUUUUUUUUCAUAACUUGCUUCUUAAAAUUCUCUGAAGAACACUUCAGGGGAAACUUACAAUGGACUUAAAUCCUAUCUGACUGUCAUCCUAGUUGAGAGUUUUGUUGUGCUUUAGAGACUGGGUAAAGCUUCAAUGCCAGGACUACUGUGUGUACCACAAGGAGAUAAAACAUUAUAAAAUACAUAGAGUUGGUUAUUUUUAGGUGUGGUUAUGUGCUUCACCCAGAGUGCAUCAGAAGUGAAACAUUUGAUCUGUACAAUCGGGAUGCUUCUGGAGCAGAGCCAUUGACUCUUACUCUAACGGUAAGAAACACUUUGGUCAUCCUUUUUUGAGCAACUCAUUGUACAAUUCAGCAUGUUUUUGAAGUUACACUAUGCCCUGCAAGAAGUCAUACACAAGUCAUUUUAUUUAAAACCUCAUAAAGCUUUAUGUUUUCUUGUAGAUCAUUGGAGCAAGGCAUCUCGUGAAAUCAGGUCGUGGGAUAGCAUCUCCUUUUGUGGAGGUUGAGAUAGUUGGAGCACCUUAUGACAACACCAAAUUCAAGACAGAGACAAAACGUACGCAGGUUACUCUUUGUUUGUAGGCCUAGUUCCAAAUUAAAAUUCAUAAUUUCUCUUAUGUCUCUCACCUUGUUGAGUAGUGCUUUAUCAAUUUGUUAUACCCUUAAAAGCAUGGUUGGUUAUGUUUUUUUUUUUUAGCGGAUAAUGGUUUGAACCCUGUAUGGUGGGUCAAGUUUGAUGUAGACGUUAUCAACCCCCCUCUGGCUUACCUUCGGUUUGUUGUCUUUGAUGAAGAUAUGUUUGGUGAACCUAACUUCAUUGGCCAUGCAAUAUUUCCCAUGUGCAGUCUGAAGACAGGUUCGUACUUUGUGUAGUUCUCUGAAUGGAAGCAACAAUUGAUCUUUGGUAAAUUAAUAGGCCACAGGCCAGUUAAGGAUUUAUUUCACAGUAGCAAGGUGGACCUACUAAAAGGAUUGUCUUUGCUUAUAAAAAUUGAAUAGCUCAGUUUUAAUCACCUGAGUUUGCACAGCUUGCUACUUCAUGAAAAAAGUUUUCAUGUUAAAAUUCACUUUAUUUUUAUAAUUUUUCUAACUUAAUUGUUUUCAUUCUGUUUUUGUUUGGAUCCAGGAUACAGAUCUGUCCCUUUGAAGAAUGCAUACAGUGAGGAAUGUGAACUUAGCUGUUUACUGGUCCACAUUGACAUCAGAAGUGCAAUGGUAUGUACAUAUUAAAGCUUGUUGUGUUACUCAGAUUGGUUUUCUGUUCACAGUUUAAUGAAAUCAAAGGUUUUUCAUUUAUACUGGUUAACUAAACUAAUGAGGACCCUAAUAUGUAGCUGACUUGUCGGUAGUGGUCUUUGUGAUCUAGAAAUUGGAGCACCAGCUGGAAGGGAAGGGGGAAAUGGCUAUAGAGUAUACUUAGUUUCUUUUUAUCCUGCACACCUUAAACUUGCCUUAACUGUUUGUUUUUUCUUAUGAUGAUUGGGGACAAAUCAACCAUAGGAGGGCAUCAUUGCAUUUUGACUUCAAAUGAUGACAAAUCAUGUUUUGUUUCGAUGAUGCAGGGUGGUGAUGAGAACUUGUAUGCAUCAAUCCAAGUUCUUCGAGAUCGUGUAGAAGAGAUAUCCAAUCACAUGGAAAAUGAAGAAUUGAGAGCACGUGCAACUAUUGCAAAUUUACUGAACCAGCAGAAUGGACCCAUGUCACUGGAGGCACAGCAGAGAAUCCAAAAUGAUCAUCAGCAUCAAAUGGAAAACCUUGGCAAACAGCUUAGACAGCAACAAGAUGACUUGCGUAGACUACAGAAAGAAAGAGCUGCUAGGUUUGUUGACUGA